GACUUGAUUGUGAGAAAAGAUUGUUUUGGGGCUUAAUGUGAAUAUUUCAAAAGUUGAGGGACUUAAAGAGGAAAAGAUUUUGGAUAAGGAUGACUUCUUUUCUUUUUCUUUUUCUUUCUUUCUUUCCUUCCCAGCCAUUCCCGAUUCUGCUCUUCUUCUUCCCGCUGCAGCCACCCGAAGAAAAAAAAAAGGGAAACCCAGCCAUGCCUUGGAAAAUUGAAUCCGGAUCUGCCUUGCUUUGCUCCUCACCGUCCGGCUGCUCCUGCUUUGUGGGUGUGAUUUGUUCGGUCUUUUGAUUGCGUGAUUCUUCCCUGCACUUGCCGUCGGCUUCUCUCCCAAACUGCAGCUCGGUUUUGCUUGCUAAAUUAUGGUAUGUGAUCGCCCUUUUAAGGCUUAAAUUAGCCAUUUAGUUUGCUGGCUGUGUUGUCCGAAUUUGACAGAAAAAUAGGGGAGAAAUUGAUAGUAAUUAGACCAUGAUUUAGCUUGAUUCAAGUGGAAUUUAUAUGAUUGAGUGUUAAUUGAUUGAUGUGUGAUUUUUGGAGAGAAAACCCCCUUCAUGGUCUUUUCAUGUGGCUCAUUUUUCUGUAUUGGUUAAUCAAGAGCAGUGAUCAUUCAAUUGAAAUUACCUUGUUUUGUGAAGAUUGGCAAACUGUCAUAAAGUUAAACUCUAUUGUUGCCAAUCUCUACAUUCUUGAUAUCUGGAAAUUGCUUGAAACUCUUGAAAUCCAUCUUGAAUCUUUCUUGAGAUUGCUUUGUACUUGUUCUUGUUCUUGAAAUUGAAAUCCAAAGGAAAUGGAUAAUGAUUAUUGAAAUCCUCAUUAUCUUGAUUCUUGUCUGAAAUUAAUUCUUGCAUUGUUCUUGGAAUCUAGUUUGAAUUGUCCUUGAAAACCAUUCUUGUUCUGACACUGGUUCUUGCUCAAAUUCUGUAUAUUGCUCUUGCUCAAAUCUUGGAUAUUCUGCUCGUUCUUGUUUCUGUAUACCUGUUGAUCUUCUUGAUUCUUGGUUUUUGUUCAUAUGGACACCUCUUUAAGAGGGGUGACGAUUAUUAGAAGAUACCUAUAUGAGGUAUUCUAAAUUCUUGUCUCUUGCAAGUGUUAAAUUCUGUAUUCUUGAUGCCUUAGCUUUGACUUGACUCUAGGAUGACUUGAUUGUAAAUCUGUUUAGCCUCCAUGAGCUACGAGGUGAAAGGGGUAGUCUUUGAAGUACCUAAUGCCCUAGAGUUUUGUUGCAAGAGAAAUGAUUCUUUUAUCUGGCUGCUUGGAUUUUUGUUUACCCUUUUAAUUGGAAGACAUGAAUCUUCUAAGCAUCUUGAUCUCAGCCAUUGCUUUGUUCUGUUAAUUAAUUCUAGUACUUGAGGUGCUAGAUCUUGACAUCCUGACAUCCUGGUUAUAUCUGCUCUUGAAUCCGUGUUCUGAUUGUCAUUAUUGAAAUCUCUUUUGUGGGCCUAAUUUUUGGAAUUCUAUUGCUUGUUUCAUGGUUAACUCUUGUUUCUCAAUUUUGAUUGAUUGGUUAAAUUUGAUCUUGACUCUUGGUGAGUGCCGUUUUGUUGCUGAAUUCUUUGAGGCAUUCUACCUUGCACUCUUGUGUUCCGAUAUUCGUCCAAGUAUUCAUAUUUUCUAUUGAUUUUAUUUUGUUGCAAUUCUUGAGAUUCUUAUAUGUCUUUUGAUGGUCCUAGCUUUUAACUCU